AUGGGUCUCACUCACGAGGAAGCCGAAUUCUUCGAGACCUUUCCAGAGGAUCAGAAAAAGGCCAUGAUCAGGAAGGUCGAUUUGAGACUCGUACCUGUCCUCGCCGUACUCUACCUCUUCUCCCAUAUUGACAGAGCCAACAUCGGUAACGCGAAGAUUGAAGGUAUGAUGGAGGAUCUCGGCAUGUCUGGCAUCCAAUACAAUAUUGUCCUCUCCAUCUUCUUCAUCCCCUACAUUCUUCUCGAGGUUCCCUCCAACGUACUGCUCAAGAAGUUCAAGCGACCAUCUCACUACAUUGGCAUGCUCGUUGUCAGUUGGGGAACCAUCAUGACUCUCACCGGUCUCGUCAAGAACUUCGCCGGUCUGAUGGUUUGCAGAGUUCUACUCGGUGUUGCAGAAGCCGGCUUCUUCCCUGGUGCCGUAUAUCUGAUCACACAUUGGUAUGCUCAAAGACAAGUACAAACGCGACUUGCACUAUUCUACUGUGCUUCGGCCCUUUCUGGUGCAUGUUCGGGACUCCUAGCGUUCGCCAUCUCGAAGAUGGACGGACUUGGUGGUAGACCCGGAUGGGCGUGGAUCUUCCUUCUCGAAGGUAUUGUCACUGUCAUUGUCGGUGUUGCUUGCUUUUUCGUGAUGCCAGAUACACCAAGUCUCUCUGGUAGAUGGCUCAACGAGAACGAGCGUCGCUACCUUGUUCUCCAGAACAUCAUCAAGAAUGCCGGCCGCGGCACCUCUGAUGAUGGCGAGAAAGCCGACAAGUUCAAGUGGGGCUAUUUGAGAGACCUUCUCACAGACUACAAGGUCUACCUGCAAGCCUGGAUUCUCUUUACCGCUUCCGUAUGCGCGUACGGUCUCAAAUUCACCAUGCCUUCAAUUACCAAGUCUAUGGGUUAUACCUCUUCGCAAGCACAGCUCAUGACCAUCCCACCUUACGUCGCAGGAGCUGUUUCAGCAGUCGCACUUUCCAAGUUGUCGGACCGCUUCCAGUGGCGCGCCCCAUUUAUCUUUGGUCAGAUGGCUGUUGUGACUCUUGGCUUUGCCAUUCUACUCGCGCUUGCGCCCAACAUCAAGCACCAGAUCCCUGCUUGCUACAUUGGCGUGGUACUUGUUUGCAUCGGUCAAUACCCAACUAACCCUGCCGGUUCUGCUUGGAUCUCGUCCAACCUUGCCGGAGAAUCGAAGAGAGCUAUGGGCAUUGCCCUCAACAUUGCUCUUGGAAACUGUGGCGGCAUCGUUGGAUCAUACAUCUUCCUUGACAAAGAGAAGCCAGGCUACCCUACUGGUUUCGGUAUCGGUCUUGGUUUCGCAGCCUUCACUCUGCUCAGUACAGUGGUUCUCGAACUCUCCUACAUGCGCCUCAACAAGAAGAGAGAUGCCUUGGACGAGGCUGAGACCAGAGAGAAUUAUACCGAUGAGGAGUUGCAAAAGAUGGGAGAUAAGUCGCCUUUGUUCAAGUACAAGCUGUAA